GCAAAGGACAAUUGAACGCACAUAGGAGGGUGGUCCACGGAGAGAAAACAGUGCCGAGUAAGAUAGAGGGGUGUGAAAAAAAGUUUGCGACCAAUGGAACAAUGAACAAACAUUUCAGUAGGGGCCGCAAGCACUAGUUUAGAAGCCGAUGCGUCCUUGAUGGGAAGUUGGAGAGGGGUGGUGAAAAUUCAUGGGCGUCCCUCCUCCCGGCGCCCCUCUCUUCAACCCCUCCCUGGCCCCUUCUUGGCCUUCCGUGUCCCCUCCUUGCCCUUCCGUGUCCCCUCCUUGGCCUUUCAUGGCCCCUCCUCUUCCCGUGGCCCCUCUUGAGCCCGCUUGUUCAGUGCCAACAUGGCUCGGUGGGAGCAGUGGGCGCCGGAGGAAGUGGCCUUCGAGCUGCAACAGCUCGUCGGUCACUACGGCUGCCGCAUGUGGGCGCAGAUACUUCUCGGGGGUGGUUUCACCUUCGUGCUGGCCACGCCAACUGGGUCGCUUCGAGGGAUCGUUAUUACUCGAAAACAUCAUCCACCAAGGGGCGUGCCUUUUGUUCUACUCCGGAUGGUCUCACAAAGACUGUCUCGAAGAGGGUACGGUGCGAUUCAAUCAGAAGGCGGUCCACGACUACUUGCGAGACGCUUUUCUGGAGGAAGGGGUCUGGGAGCGAACGAGGGUCGACGGCUUUGAGCGACAUUGGGCGGAUCCCGAGCGAAAGGAGCAGGUCAAGCCGCUCCUCCAGGACACCAACAAGAAGGAUCCUUCUCUCCAGCAAGAACUGGCGAGGGCGAUUAUUGAGCCUUACAAGGAGGCUCGGGAGGUGGCCGAGGAUAUCUCGAUCGAGAAAGUCGAUCCCGGGGAGAAGAUUCAUGCUCGAGGAGGUUGGGUCUACCAUCCCUUCGCCCCUGCGUACGGCCGAUUCGACCGCCAGAACAACGAGGUCGACCCCACCGCGGCAGACUUCUUCAAGUUUGACCGCAACCUCCGCCGCCACGCCCGAAGCGAAGGCAACUCUUCCAUUGAGAGUCGUCUCCCACCUGUUGCUGAGGGCUCCAGCCGGUUCGGAGGCCAAGGUUGGCACCACGUCCAUGGCGUGAAGAUGGUGACUGCUGGUCUUGUAAAGCACAGAUGAGGUUGGUCCACGAAGAAAAAACAGUGCCAUGUAAGAUAGAGGGGUGUACCACGAUGUUUGCGAGCAAAGGACAAUUGAACACACAUUUGAGGAGGGGGCGCAAGCACUAGUUUAGAAGCCGAUGCGUCCUUGGUGGGAAGUUGGAGAGGGGCGGUGAAAAUUCAUGGGCAUCCCUCCUCCUCGGCGCGCCUCUCUUCAACCCCUCCCUGGCCCCUCCUUGGCCUUCCAUGGCCUCUCAUCUUUCCGUGGCCCCUCUUUGGCCAUUUACGUUCUACUCCACCCCUCAUCCUCACCCUCCCCUCCCCACCCUCCCCUAAUCUUCCAGGCCCCUCCUCCCCGGUCUCUCCCCCUGUUCUUUUUCUCCCUUCCCCUUCCCCUUCCCCUUUCCUUGGCCAAUCACGAUGGCACCAACAGGCUUUUCCCGCCAAAGCUCACGAUCGAAUCACAAAAAGAGCUCUCGGAACUCAUUUUCAAUGAAGCCGGUUGUCCAGCAACCUCGUCCGAUUUCGACAGGACCGUGGAGCUGAUCCUCGACAUUCCCAUGCCUGGAUUAAGCUAAAUUCAUUACCCCCACCUGGUAGAGUUGAGCACCGUGGCUGGCAAAAGAAGGCUACUUUAGUUGCUUAGUCUGUGGCUCGCAGUUGGCAGACGAGAGUGCUUCUACCGUCAACGCGCACACACGCCCAUGUAUCCCAAAGAAAAUUACGAAAGCCCUUCAAACACUACAGCCGGCACCCUGGCGGGGACAUUCAGUUUGGCGUGCUGACGGGCCGAUGGGCUAAACCCAGGCACUCCGCAGAUGCGACCAAACUCGUCAGAGCUGCCUCUAGGAACUUGAAGAACGGCCCGACCGUACGUGGAUGCCCCUCUGGCGAUUGCGAGCACCCUGUUGACAUGGCAUGGAAGAUCGCUCAUCACCUUUGGGCCAACCAUGGGGUGUCCACUGCCGGCGAAACCAACACGACAAACUUUUGUCACUGGUGUCGCGAGUACUUUGUGAAUUCCCAUCGAUGGGAGGAUCAUUGCGCUUCACACCAUCAAAAGAUCGUGCAACCCAUGGUCGAGAUGGCCCAGUGUUCGGCACCCGGGGAUGAGAACCUCAAAUGGCCGCACUUGAUUGAAUUUGAGUCAAGUGUCUGUUACAACCCGGGGCUCUGCCCGUUUUGCUUCUUCGAGGAGCCAGCUCUUCUCAGUUACUCGAUUGUAAUGCGACAGUUUCACAACCCCCUUACAUGCAAAUCGACGCCAUAACCCCCUGCCACAUCAUCGCCUGCGGGCAAUCUUGCCACACUCGAGAACAAUUUGUCAACCACUUGAUCGGUCACGGGAUACCUUUCACCACUCAUCUUGUGCGCUGGGCUGGGGGGGAUACGAGUGGUCAUGCGACAGGAUUCAAAGCACGUAACAGUCAAUAUGUUUCACUGCGAUUUCCCGAGCUGCGCUCAGCCUCCUUUCCCUUCGGAGAAGGCAGUGCGGGCCCAUAUGUUAUCCAGCAAGAGCAGUUUGAUGCACCAUAUGAAGGCUUUUGUGUCAAAGCCGAUCCGGCGCACGCCAAAUCCCGGUGGGGCGAGCAUGGGUUCGACAGAGACGAGCCCGUAGAAAUCAAGCACCUCGCGAACGGACGUGCACCGACCCUUCCAUACCAGGCCGCCCAGUGGCGUCUUCUUUACCACAGACUAUAUUGGAGGCCGGGCAUAAGUGGAAUAAAAAGGCUUGCAUUCAUAC